UCAAGAUGUACAAAGUACAAUCGAAAAUAUAUAAUCAUGAAAAAUUAAUUCUGUAACUGUUUAUUUUCAUAAAAUGUUUCUUUCUCAAUUUUUUUUUAUUCUUUGAAGGAAAAGGAAGAUUGUACAUACAAUAAAAUAUAUUUCGUAGAAAUGCUUUUAUAAUUUGAAGGCAAUACAUUAAAAACAUUACAAUACUAUGUACUUUAGAAAAAAAUCAAUAAACAAAACAAUUACUAAUGAUAUAAUUGUGAAUGUGUAAUAACAUGUUUAGAUUAUAAUAAUAUUUUUGAUGUUAGUACAAUAAAAAAUAUCAAGUUUAAAAAAGGGUUUGGUUAGAUCUAUUGUGUAUCAAUUGAUAUAUAUAUAAAAAUUCUACAAAUAUCUAAAUUUAAUAACAAGAGGAAUAUAAAUUUUGAUUAAAUUAAUGAAUUGCUCAGGAUGACUGAAAAGUCUGGAUGUGGUGAAUUGCAACAAUUAGUUCAAGAAGAAGAAUGUGAAGAACCAUUAAGUCAAGGUGGAGAAGCUACACCACCUUCCACACCAGCAAGAUCUCAUCAUCCAAGUAAAAAUGAUACACAUAGUUCUCAUAUAUCGCAACAAGUAUUAUGGGAAACUAAUGUACAAACAUCACCAAUUAUUAGUAAAGGAAGUUCUGGUCAGGCAACAAGUCAAGGAUCUAUGGUUUCUGGCCGUGCUGUGAAUCUUUCAAAUCAUGGUAAUCAGUCACGUCUAAUGUAUAUGAAUGAAAAGGAAAAGCAAAAACCAAAUCGACCAGAACUACCAAAAAUAAAUCGUCAACAUAGAGCUAUGGCACCAUGCAAACAUCAUUGCUUUUUGUCAGAGGUUCCUGAUGUUCGUCGUAUGGAACAAGCUUUAUUACAACUUUUGGAAGAUUUCCAUAGUGGUAAUUUACGAGCAUUUGGAAAGGAUUGUAGUAUGGAACAAAUGACAGAAAUACGAGAACAACAAGAGCAAUUAGCUAAACUUCAUUUUGAGUUAGGUCAAAGGCAAGGAAUUGGUGGAGAACAAUCAGGUUUACGACAUUCAAGUGCUAAUAUGAAUAAUUUGUUAGAAUGUCUUCAAGAGCUUAGUGUUUGCAUUGAAAAAUUACAUAGCAAGUAAUUGUAAAAUAUUUAUAAUAUAUACAAAAUUUAUUUAAA